AUGUCAUUUGCAUCAAAUAGAAAAUGGAACAUAAACAAAGCUUGCUGGAAUCAGUUUUGUUUCGAGAGUAUAAAUAGAUCUUAUGUAGAACCUGUUAUAGAUUACAGCACUUUCAUCAAAAAUGUUAACCAGUCAGCUGAAGCUUCUAUUCCGAAAUAUGAAAACAAAAAUAAUGUCAAAGGAAAACCAUGGUGGAGCAAUGAAUGUAAUAUAGCAGUAGAAAAACUUCUGAAACCUGGAAAACCAGAACAUCAUCAAGAUUCAUAUCGUCCCAUUGCACUAGCUUCAUGCGUUUUGAAAACUUACGAAAGACUCAUCAAGAACAGGUUAGAAUUCUACUUGGAGAAAAACCAAUUGCUCCCAAGCUCGCAAUAUGGAUUUCGAAAAGGACGGUCUACUCAAGACUUACUGAUAAAGUUAACAACUGAUAUCCAAAUUGGAUUUUCGAAUAACACGCAUACUUCUGUAAUAUUUUUAGACGUUAUGGGAGCUUAUGAUAAUGUAGACUUGAAUAUACUAUACAGUAAAAUUAUAAAUAUUGGUCUUCCAAAAGAACUUGCCAACCAUUUGUUAUUACUGUAUAGCAAUAGAAACAUUUUCAUCAGAGCCUCUGAGCAGACUAUUGGACCACGUUCAACAUCUAAAGGAAUAGCACAAGGGAGUAUAUUGAGUCCCAUCUUGUAUAUAAUAUAUUCCUAUGACUUUGAAAGAGCUUUUAAUUCAAGAGAUGCUGAAAUAUAUCAGUUUGCAGAUGACUAUGCCAUUAGUAUCCAGAACAAAAAUUUAUCUCAAUCUAUGGAACUUCUAGAAACAGCGACUUAA